AAUAAAACACCCAUUGUGGUGGGGCAGCACCUAGUGUGUCUGCAUACUUUCAUCUGUUAAUUCAAAUAUUUGGGGAGCAAAACUGCAAACACUCGUCCUUUUGAGUGCUGGAAUCUCCAGACACUGUGCUGCAUUGAUCUCUAUUCAGCUGAGAGUGGAUCUACGUGAGACCUCAUCCGGGCCUGGUCGGACAUCAAUCUACUGCUCUGCUCCUGGGCCAUGGUACAUCACAUAGAAGCUGAAAUAUGAGCAUCUCUCCGACCACCACCCUGGACAGCCAGCUGACCUCAACCUGGGGCUCAACUAACUCCUACUCUGAUGUGCCGGUGGUGAUGUCGGGUUACACAAGUCGUCUGUGGCCUCAUGACUCCCACCCUCAAUUCUGGACUAAAUACCAGGUGUGGGAGUGGCUGCAGCAAGUCAUGGACAUGUACCAGAUCGAUGCCUCCACCAUUCCUUUUCAAAACUUUGACAUUGACGGCCAUCAACUCUGCAGCCUGAGCUACCAGGACUUCAUCCGUGCUGCUGGCAGCAUGGGACCCACUCUCUUCCACAGCAUCACAGAGCUCAAGUGGAGCGGACAAUACCAUGUGGAAUUAGGGCAACUGGAACUCAAACAAGAGCUAGAUUUCUCCUGUCCAUUUCCAGAUGUCAGCUAUCCUCCUGGAGAAAUCUACGAUUCCAGCCUUCACCCCCUCGCACCUGUUGCCUCUCCCACUCCCUCAAGUCCCGAUAUAAAACGAUCUUACAGUCGUACUCAUCAGGUCAAAAAGCACAACCCAAGGGGGACCCACUUGUGGGAGUUCAUUAGGGACAUUCUACUAAACCCAGAACGAAACCCAGGGCUCAUCAAAUGGGAGGAUCGCACGGAGGGUGUUUUCCGUUUUCUGAAGUCCGAGGCAGUCGCACAAUUAUGGGGCAAGAAGAAGAAUAACAGCAGCAUGACCUAUGAGAAACUAAGUCGGGCAAUGAGAUAUUACUACAAAAGGGAAAUCCUAGAACGAGUCGAUGGUCGCAGGCUGGUUUACAAGUUUGGAAGGAAUGCAAGAGGAUGGAGGGAGUCAGAGAAGUGACACUUUCAUUCUUUUAUGUUUUACUUGAUUUUUUGUUUGCAAAUGUAAUAUUUUAUACUUUUUAACUGACUGUUUUUCAAUGUUUGAACUGUUUACACGUCAUUGAUACUUGUGCGUUUGCCUCACUCUCUUUUCUUUUAACUUCAUCCCUAUGUUAUGACGUUGCACUGAAAUGUUUUUUUUGUUUUAAUUAUUAUUAUUGUGCUUUAAUAUAAUAAAGAAAUUGUUUGUAACACUAGCCUGUCAAUGCUUACACACACGUGAGCGCACGUUGAUGCAACAUUCAAACGAUUUGUACGUGAGCGGUCCUUUGGGACGCAUGCUCCAUCAGUAUAUGUGCCAUAAACACGUGGAUGAUUUUGUACGUUACAUUUAUUUUGCUGCAUGUUUGGAAAUGGAAACAAUGAAAUGUUUGGUGAUGUUUGAUACGAAUAAAGCUUGUGAUUAUUUUAGCCAUUUUCAGACAAACAAGUUUACAGUUGUUUGUGUAAACUUUGGGUUUUGUCCUGAUUCCUGGGACUUUAAAGGUCCAGGGUGUAAAAUUUGGCAGAAAUUGAAGAUAAAACAAUUAUUUAAAAACGUUUUUUAUAGAUAUAUAGUAUGAUUACUUUAUUGGAUGAAUGAGGUUUUUUAUAUUUAUUUUUAUGGGCUGGCUCUACAGAGGCCGCCAAUUUGUGUUGUUGCUAACUGAAGGUAACAUAGUUUCUCCAACACACAAGGAAAGGAAAAAUAUCAGCAUUUUAGCUUCAAUACAACCUAAAAUCAAUAUUUACUGCCAACAGAGUGUGACUUGAAUCUACAGCUGUAAUCCAACUAAAUCACAGGCACAUAAAGUAGUGCCAAUCUUUCCAUUUUUAAUCAUGACAGUGUGAAAUGCCAAACAGUUAACUGUAUGUGCCAUAGCUGUCAAGCAGGUUCCAUACAAGCAGGAGUUGAAUGACUGGGUCUUGGAUGGCCAACAAGUUUAAAGCAACAUAC